GUGUACGCGCGCGAAGCAGAUCGCACUUGUCUGCGACGUAUCUAUACACCGUGCGGCGUGCUAUAUUGUAUUGCUGUAAUAGUUGUACGAUCAAAAUAUUAUAUUGUUAUUGUCGUUGUCGUAACGCGUUGUAAUAACACAUCGUACGAUAUAAAACAUUGUUAUUAACAUAAAAAAUAUCGUUAAGUACUGUAAAAAAUUGUAGUCGUUGAAGACAAUAAUUAUUAUUAUUUACAUUCUCCGAAACCGCGUCCGAGAGUGUACCGCAAAAACCGUCCGUUCGUCCGUAUUCCGUUAUUGCUGUAACAAUAUAUUUUUCCGUACUGCGAAAGUGUGCGAUUUCGCGUACGAUGUCAUCGACAGUCGACACGAUAUAAUAAACAUUUUACCUUACACCUGAUACAGUGAUACAUAUUUUUAGAAUGAUAUAUUGUUUGCCGCGUACGCAAAUAUAAUAUUAUAAAUAAUACGUAUUAUCAUAUCUGUAUACAACUGUAGCAAUCGGCACGGGCUAUAGCACUAGUCGAUAGAGUAAUACGUUAAAAUAAUAUAAUAUUAUUGAAAUAGUGUGUGCAAAUAUAUAAGAACAGUAAUAAUAAUAAUAAUAAUAAAGAGGAAAAAAAACGUGACAUACGCAUGGUGUAUGAUAAUGGUACAUAAUUGUUGCGAGAACAUUAUUACACACAUCUCGACGUAUAUAAUAUCUGAUAUAAUAUUCUCAUUCAUUAAAACAGCCGAGUGCAUAUAAUAAUAAUAAUAAUAAAAUAAACAUCGAUUUCGUGGACGGUCGGUCGUCUCACGUCGCCGCCGCCGUCAUCGUCACCACUGCCGCCGCCACCGCCGUCGUCGCUGCCAUACUAUAAGUCCGUCGUACUCCGUACUCGCGUUUUAUCCGUAUAUCAUGAUAUACAAUAAUAAUAUUAAUUAAUUAUUAUUUUUUAUUAUUUAUCGUAUACAAAAAAACAACAAGAACGCCAUAACUUAAUUGGUAAUUACGAAAAACCACCGACAUCACAAUAAUAAAUCGUACGCAGUUUAUUUUAAAGUAUUGUAUUAUUAUUAAUUAUUAUUUUUUUAUAAUUAUUAACAGUUCAUAAUAAAAUAAAUAACAUUUAAUAAUAAUUUAUUAUAAAAUCGCGUUUUCGUGCGACCGUGUUGACGAAUCCGGGUUUUUCCGUUAUGAUAUUAUUUCGCGUUGUUUUGAUCGCAUCGAGCUCCGGUGUCAUUGACCUUUUCUCCGCGGUGCGUGUUGUGUUGACAAUGGCGGAGCGACGCGCUUGCUGUGCGCAUUUUUCUGUUAAAAACGUCCUCCGCUGAGGGCAAUAGUUUAACGUUGCUCAGUUUUCGCGAUCGUUUUAACAACGUAGUAUCGUUCGCUCCGUUUUAAUAAUAUAAUAUACGCAACGAUCUCGUCGCCGUGUCGAAGAUUACGAAUGCGGUUGAUCGUAUUGCAGUCGUGUUGCACAUUCGAUGUACAUAUUAUAAUAUUAUUGUGCGUGUACUACAAUACCUGCAGAGUGUAACGACGACGAGUGAUUGAAAAAUAUAAAAUUAUGACCUGUGUGCGCAACAGUGUAAUAAAUAUUUUAAUCAUCGUUAUUUCAGUAAUAAUAUAAUAUUUUAUAAUAUAAUAAUAUUAUUGUAAUUCGUGAUCGUCGUCGUUCUACUCCGCCGUCGCCGAGUCGAGUGUUUUUCUGAUCUAAACGAAAUAAACAAGUGUGUACUCGCACCCCGCCGUGUUCCCAAGAUUCGAAUUACGGAUAAUGCGUCACACCAACACGAAUUGAAAAGAUUAACUAUGUAAAUACAUUUUAUUAUAAUGUGUGGAGAGUGUGACAAAAUACGCUGUUUACGUGACAGCUGCCCUGGCUUGGGCGGAUGUCGAUUAUGUGGGAAUUUUUCUUCCAAUACUUACUAUGAACAUUACAAUAUUUUAAGAUCUUCAACAUCAACUGAUUUUUCCAAAGUUAAUCCAAAACAUUAUCAAAAACCAUGGUUGAUAGCUUCAAAAUCUAUAUGGAAAUCUGACUUUCUAAGUAUAGCUUUAUGGUGUGUUGCUAUACUUAGUAUCAGUCAAACAUCUGCUGAACACCAAACACAAAUUACAAGUUUACCUCCAAUGGCCACUCAACCUACAAAUAAUAGUGCAGUACACUUCUCAGCUGGAAGAAUAUGUCCAAGUAAAGAUAUUAGAAAUAAAGCUGAAAAUCUGAAUGCUCUUCGUGGUUGUAGAGUUAUUGAAGGGUUCCUUCAAAUAGUUUUAAUUGAUAAUGCAAAUGAAACAAGUUAUGAAUCUUUAUCAUUCCCUGAGUUAAGAGAAAUUACUGGUUAUUUAUUAUUAUAUCGUGUAAAUGGCUUAAAAUCACUUGCUAAACUUUUCCCUAAUCUGUCUGUAAUCCGAGGACAAGACUUAUUUAUGUCAUAUGCUAUUGCAAUUUAUGAAAUGGUUCAUUUGCAAGAAUUGGGCUUGUACAAUUUAAGGGAUGUUGUUAGAGGAGCUGUUUACAUCACUAAAAACCCAAUGCUUUGUUUUACACAAACUAUUGACUGGAUAAGAAUUGCGCCAUCUGGGAAAGAAUCACAUGAUAUAUAUGAUAAUCGUCCUGUAAAUGCAUGUCCUGUAUGUCCAUGGACAAAUGACAAAAGUUGUUCUGUUUCUAAUUAUACUAAUGAACCUUUAUGUUGGAAUACUGAGCAUUGUCAAAAAGUUUGUCCAUCAGAAUGUGGUAAUCUAAGUUGUACUGAAGAUGGCACGUGUUGCCAUGAACAGUGUCUUGGAGGUUGUACUGGUCCUAAUCAUGAUGAAUGUUUUGCUUGUAAAUAUUUAGCAGAUGAGCGGGAUUGUGUGAAAGAAUGUCCAGUUGAUACAUUAACAUAUCAAAACCGGCGUUGUAUUGUGGAACGUGAUUGUUAUCGUAUGCCACGAUCAAGAGACUUACAAAAUGGGUUACAUUUACAAUCAUGGAAACCUUUUAAUAAUAAAUCUUGUGUAAUGGAAUGUCCUCCUGGAUUUGAGGAAGUUCCUACUGAGAACAUUUAUGGAAAAGUAUUUAAAUGCCAAAAAUGUUCUGGACCGUGUCGUAAAGUUUGUAUUGCAGCUAAUGUAGAAAGUAUCCAGUCUGCACAAAAACUAAAAGGAUGUGUUAUUAUUAACGGAUCAUUAGAAAUACAAAUUCGCGGUGGUAUGAACAUUGUAAAAGAAUUAGAAGAAAGUUUAAGUAUGAUUGAAGAAAUUACUGGCUACUUAAAAGUGGUUAGAUCAUUUCCAUUAGUAUCAUUAACUUUUUUAAGAAAAUUACAUGUAAUUAGAGGAGAAAUAUUAGAAAGUUCAAAGUAUGCAUUAGUUGUUUUGGACAAUCAAAAUUUAGUUGAAUUGUGGGAUUGGAGUACUCGAAAACCUGAUGGUGAAUUACGAAUUGAACGUGGGCAGAUAUUUUUCCACUUCAAUCCAAAGCUUUGUAUAUAUAGAAUAAAGCAAUUACAAGCUAAUUUAGGUGAUAGAUUUAAAAUUGUAGAUGAUUUGGAAGUAGCACCCAAUUCAAAUGGCGAUAAAAUGGCUUGUACAGUUAAAAAAUUGAAUGUAUCAACAGAAGUUGUACUUUCAAAUUCAGUUCUAUUGAAAUGGCGACCUUUUGAACAUUAUGAUACUCGUACAUUGUUAGGCUAUGUAGUUUAUUACUUAGAAGCGCCAUAUAAAAAUGUUUCUCUCUAUGAUGGUCGAGAUGCUUGUGGUGGAGAUGGAUGGAAAACAGAUGAUGUGGAAUCAACAGAAAUUACUACUGAUGAUUUAGUUGCUCUUAUAACAGGACUGAAACCUUAUACACAGUAUGCAUAUUAUGUAAAAACAUAUACAAUGGCUUCAGAAUCUAAUGGUGCACAAAGUGAUAUAAAUUAUUUUCGUACUAUGCCAGGAACUCCAAGUCCUCCACAAAAUCUUCGUGUUAAAUCUGUGACUGCUGAUAGUAUAAGCAUUGAAUGGAUGCCUCCUGCUGAACCCAAUGGUCAACUUAAGCAUUACAUCAUUAAAUAUACAUCAAUUAACAUAUCUGGGGAUUCGUUAUUGAAAAGGGAUUAUUGUCAGAAUAGUCCAAAUGUGAAUGAAUUUGCUGAUAAUUAUUCUGGAUAUAAAGCUGAAACAAUUAAUAAUGAUCAAAAAGAAAAUUGUAAUUGCACUGAUCAACCAGAAAAAAAACAAUCUAAACUUAAAGAUGAACAACAAAUCCAAAUAAUGAUAGAGUUUGAAAAUAACUUGCAGAACAUUUUAUAUGUUAAGACUAAUAAUCCUCCUAAAAGUGAUACUUUACCGAAGAAAAAACGUGAUUUAUCAAAUUUUGAACCACAGGAAUUUCCAAAUAGUACUAUUUCAAAAACUGUUGUAUCUGAUGCAGAUAAAAAUUUGGAAAAUGAAAAUAAGAAAAUAGUAGUUCCUAGUAAUCAGUUGACCUAUACGUUGCAUGAAAAUUUAACUCAUUUUACUAGUUAUAAUAUUGAAUUAUAUGUGUGUAGAGAAUGGCUCAAAAAUGAAAACAAAGAGUCAAAUCAGAACAUUAGUAAUUGUAGCAUUCAAAAAGCAAUGACCACUGCUCAAACAAGUAAAAAAGAUUCUGCAGAUAGAAUUGAUCCUUCUAGUGUUAAAGCUGUUAAUACAAAUGAUACCAACCUUGGUUCAAUUAAGAUAUUUUGGAAAGAGCCUGAAAUUUCAAAUGGACCUAUCGUUAGCUAUCAGUUAGAAUACAAAAAAGUUGGAGAUAAUCUUAAUAAUCCACCUGUUGUUUGUAUAACCAGACAGCAGUAUCAGCAAUCUGAUUACUCGCACACUUUAUCAAAUGUAGCACCUGGAAAUUAUAGUUUUCGAUUACGUGCAAGGUCAUUAGCUGAUUAUGGAGAAUUUACACAAUAUAGCUAUUUUUUAAUUCCUGAGGUGCUUUCAAUUACUACUCCUCAAUUGAUGUUUAUUAUCUUCAUGGUUACUGGAAUGAUUGGUGCUGUAAUUAUGUUGAUAUUCUAUGUUUUACAUCGUUAUUAUAAAAAUAAAUUAGCUUCAACAAGAUUAUUCGUCACAUGCAAUCCGGAUUAUGUUAGUUGUGAAUAUCAAACUGAUGAAUGGGAAAUUCCUCGUGAUGAUGUGGAAGUUUUAGAACCAUUGGGUCGAGGUUCUUUUGGAAUGGUAUACCGUGGUAAUUGGAAGAAAAAAGAAAAUGAAAUUGUACCAUGUGCAAUUAAGACCGUUACUGAAAAUAACAAUAUGAGUGUUCGGCAUGAUUUUCUUUCAGAAGCUAAUGUUAUGAAGGAAUUUUGUUCAGCUCAUGUUGUACGCCUAUAUGGUGUUGUAUCACAAGGUCAACCAGCAUUUGUUCUAAUGGAAUUAAUGCCUCAAGGUGAUCUCAAGUCAUAUUUGCUUAAACAUCGUCCAGAUAUGGCAACAGAUCCUUCUCUUAAACCUCCUACAUUAAGGGAUAAUUUACGUAUGGCUAUUGAGAUUGCUGAUGGAAUGUCUUACCUUUCAUUCAAAAAAUAUGUUCAUAGGGAUUUAGCAGCUAGAAAUUGUAUGGUUAGUGAUAAUAACAUAGUUAAAAUUGGAGACUUUGGUCUUACAAGAGAUAUUUAUCAGACAGAUUAUUAUAGAAAAGAUUCUGAAGGUAUGAUGCCAAUUCGAUGGAUGGCUCCAGAAAGUCUUCAGUCUGGUCUUUUCACUUGUUUUUCUGAUGUCUGGAGUUAUGGGAUAGUUUUAUGGGAAAUGGUGACAUUAGCAGCUCAACCAUAUAGAGGUGAGAUGGAUAAGAAUGUCAUAACUUAUGUUAGUAGUGGUGGUAUAAUGGAAAAACCGGAUAACUGUCCUGAUAUUAUAUAUGAUUGUAUGAAACUUUGUUGGCGUUUUAAAGCUUCAGAACGUCCUACAUUUGCUGAAAUAGUAAAAAUGUUCUUGCCAUGCGCUCGUGCAGAUUUUGCACAAACGUCCUUUUAUCAUAAUGAAUUACAGUCUGAAAUACAACGACUUGAUGUAUCUGAAAAUGGUAUCACUGAAACUGAGUCUUUGGAGAGAGAGCGUAAGCAAAUUGAAAGAGACCAAAUUACAACAGCAUUAGAAAAUCAAGCACAUUAUUGGGGAGGGUCAUUGCCUGGUGAACGGUUAGCACCAAAAGCAGAUCUGGAAGAAGAUGAUGAUGAUGAAGAAGAUUCAGAUAAUGAGUUGCAACGGUUACAUAUUGAAAACUUUGUAUGUAAAAGGCCACCUAACGGAUAUAUGUCCAUACAUAAUGGUAAUGGUAUAAAUACCACUAUAUGCUGACCGUAAUUUUAUUAUUAUUAUAUAUAUAUAUUUUUUUUUAAUAGAAGUAAUUUUUUAGAUCAAACUUUUUUUCUCUUUUAUAUGGUAUAUUUUGUUUUUAUAUUUAUAUAGUUCCUAAUUGUUGUGUCAAAUAUGCAGAGAUGGGUCUAUGUUAUGUGUAUAGAUAUUUAUUUUAUAGAUAAAUCACACAAUUAAUAUUUUGUAUAUAAUAUAUACAUACAUACACACAUUUAAAUAUGUUAUAUCAAUAAUAUUAAAAUGUGUGUGAUUUUCUUUAAGUAUACACUAAACAGUUCAUUCUUUUUAUUUUUUAAA